AUGACGCAGAGCAAUGCACACAGCUUGCUCAGGACGACCGGUCUGACCCUAGUUGCCGUUUUCACCCUCGGGCCGCUUGCAUACUAUUCUUAUACGGAGACCGUGCGACAUACCGUCAUCAGACGACGCAAGCGACGCUAUGAAUCAAUUGUCAAGCGUAUACACUCAUCUGCCUCGGCCGAGUCGAGUGACGCGACACGAGCAGGCCCAGAGGAGCUCGAGGCAAUACAGGAACGUUUUGCUCCCAUCAUCGCUGGCGGGCGAUGGCACAAUCCUUUUACAGAGUUCCGAGAGGAGGGCGCAUGGGAAUGGCUCGUAUGGAAGCUUAUCAUCCAACCCCUCACGGGCAAGACAGGCUGGACAGGGGGCCUGAGCAGGGAUGACGAGGAAACCGUCAAGAAAGCGCUGCCAGUCGAGCGACCAGACUUUCAGCUGCUGUUUGCGAAUGACCCAGAGAUGGCGUCAGACCUAGUCCACCUCGAUCCUGACAACAGCAAUCCAGGGCUAGCUCAGGAUGACAAGAUGGGCGGUAGCUGGGCACGUCUCUCCCAGACCGGCACGAGCAGUGCUGCGACAAGCAGAAGUCUGUCCGAUGAGGGCGAUCGCAUAGCCGUGGAAAGGUUCAAAAGGUCUAUCGCACCCGACGAUGCGAAGAUUACAGUCGGCAAGCGCAUGACGGUCACCUGGUUCGGACAGUCUACGCUCUUUUGUCAAUUAGACGGCGUCAACAUCCUUACGGAUCCCGUGUUUGGUCAUCAGCCGCUGGACACCUUCUUGGCGCCCAAACGUAUGCGGCCCCUCCCUUGUCCGAUCACACACCUGCUCGCGGUUGAUGUCUGUCUCGUCUCACACAACCACUUCGAUCAUCUUGAUGCACGGGCAGUCGACUAUCUAGGCAACAGCAUUACCUGGGUCGUCCCACUUGGCCUGGGCGAUUUCUUCAGACGGCGAGGCAUACACACCGUGCGCGAACUGACAUGGUGGCAGACGACGACACUCGAAGCAGACGGACGCCCGCCCAUCGAGAUUGUUUGCCUACCGACGAUGCAUUGGUCAGCGCGUACACCGCUUGACACGAACCAAUCGCUCUGGUGCUCCUUUGCCGUCAUCGGCUCUCGCGAUCGCUUCUUCCAUUGUGGCGAUACUGGCUACUGUCCCGUCUUUGAAGCCAUCGGUCGAGCCUACGGUCCCUUUACGCUAGCCGCUCUACCGAUUGGAGCCUACGAGCCGAGAUGGCAUCUUUCACCGCAGCACGUUGAUCCAGAAGGUGCUGUCAACAUACACAGAGACAUCCGAGCUCAGCGGUCCAUUGGCGUUCAUUGGGGAACUUGGUCCCUCUCUGAUGAGUAUUACGACGAUCCGCCCAAGGAUCUAGCAAGAGCCCGUGCAAAGCUGGGCAUAGACAGCAAAGCAUUUGAUGUUGUUCCCGUCGGUCGGACCAUUCGACUAUAG